UUGGAUUAGAAAGGGAAUGGAGCAUGUGGGCUUCCUCAUGUUCUCUUCUUCUAUACUAUAAAAGAACCCUCUUUGAUUUUCCUUCAUUUUUUUGUUGGCUUUUUUUUUUCUUAUUUAUUUACCAAUUCAGAGAUCAACCCAGAUUGCUUUGCUUUUGAAAGAAGUGGUUUUUGGUGUUUCUUGGUAUCUUUUGCGUAUUUAUAUAUUAAUAUAAAAUAUAUUUGAUUGAUUGUUCUCUUUCUUUCAGAAAGGUUUUAUUGGCAGGAGGACAAUUUUUAUCUCUUCAAAGGCUUUUGCUUUUUGUUUUCUUUAGUGAAACUCAAUGAUUUGAGAUUGGAAUAAAAACAAAAACUGAUAUAGAUAGAAGAGAGAUAUUGUGAAUGGAAGAAGGGGAAGCCAGAAGCAAGUUCAAAAGGGUGUGUGUUUUCUGUGGAAGCAACUCUGGCCACAGACAAGUCUUCAGCGAUGCUGCUCUUGAAUUGGGCAAUGAACUGGUGGAGAGGAAGAUAAACUUGGUGUAUGGUGGGGGAAGUGUUGGGUUGAUGGGUUUGAUAUCCCAGACAGUGUAUGACGGAGGUUGUCAUGUUCUUGGGAUAAUUCCAAAAGCUCUCAUGCCUCUUGAGAUAUCAGGACAAACUGUUGGAGAAGUUAGAACUGUUUCAGACAUGCAUGAGCGUAAAGCCGCAAUGGCCCAAGAAGCUGAUGCUUUUAUUGCUCUUCCUGGAGGAUAUGGAACAAUGGAAGAGUUGCUGGAGAUGAUAACAUGGUCCCAACUUGGAAUACAUAAGAAAACAGUUGGUUUGCUAAAUGUUGAUGGGUACUAUAAUAAUUUACUUGCUUUAUUUGACAAUGGCGUUGAAGAGGGUUUCAUUAAGCCUAGUGCUAGGCAUAUAGUUGUCUCUGCUCCAACAGCCAAAGAACUUUUGAUGAAGAUGGAGCAAUACACACCUUCCCAUGAACAUGUGGCUCCUCAUGAAAGCUGGCAGAUGGAGCAACUUGGUGAUUAUCCCAAGCACCUAAAUGCGCAAUGAAGCAUUGGUGGUAGGUUUCUCCCUGUUGAUUCCUGAUGUGAUUCAUCAUCAUUGAGUUGUGCACGACAAUCUAUUUGCAUGGGCCACAUGUUGGUCGUUUACCAUGUACUUUUAUCACCAUAAAAAGGGGUUUGAUCCUAUUAAAA